GCUGCCGCAGCCCGGCAGGAGGGCGGGGGUGCUUCUGACGGGCACGAGCAGGCCGCUGCAGCACGCCGCGCACGCCUACCAGCCCGCGAUGCCGGUGCUGCGAGAGGAGGAGCUGGCCUGCUGCUACCGCCCCCGCGGCGGCUCGCAGCUGCUGUACGCCAGCACGGGCGACCUCUACCAGGCGCUGCCGCCCCCGGCCGCCUCCGGCGCCGCCCCCGUCGUCUCCAGCGCCGCCCCCGCCGGCGUGGUGAGGGUGGCCCCCAGCGCCGCCGCCGCCCCCGGUGCGCCGCCCCACGACAUCUACCGGACACCCGUUGUCCACCACCAGGUGUUCACGCCGCCCAGCGGUUCGCCGCCGCUGACCGUGGCGCCCCACGGCCACGCCCACCCCCACCCCCACGGCCGGAUGGUGGCGGACCCGCACCACGCCUACGCCGCCUACCACCACCCGCACCACCACCACCACCAGCCGCACCACCACCACCACCCGCACGCGGUGCCGCCCCCGCACCCGCACCACGUGCUGGUGCAGCAGCCGGGCGCCAUCUACCGCCCCCACCGCGCCCCUCCCGGCGGCGGCCCGCCCCCGGCACCGCCGCCCCCGCCGCUGGUGCAGAUGCGCCUGCUGUCGCCGGGGUCUGGCGCCGGCACGCCGCCCCCGCAGCAGCCGCUGCUGCCCCCGGCCUACGACCAGCCGCCGCCCCCGGACUACUACGCCGCCCCCGGGCAGCAGCAGCAGAGGCUCGUCAGGACCGUCCGGCUGCCCUACUCGCCGCAGCUGCAGGUGCACCUGACGGCGGGCCGGGCCGGCGCGGGGGCGGUGGCUGCGGGGGCGGCGGGGGCGGGCCGCAGCGACUCCCCGCAGCUGCACGUGCAGAGGGCCAGCCCCACCGGCGCGCAGCUCGGCGUCGGCGUCGGGCUGGGGGUGGGCGUCGCGCCGCCGCCCUACAUGGUGGCCACCCGGGGCACGCAGACGCUGCCGCCACCCAGGUUCACUCCCCCUCCACCGGUUCACACCACACCGGCUUCAGUGCCGAAUGUGCAGAAACCACCAAUGCCUCAACAGCAGCAGCAGCAGCAGCAGCAACAACAGCAACAUCAGCAGCAGCAACAGCAACAACAACAACCGCUGCCACCAGCCACGCAGCAGCAGCAGCAGCCGCAGCCACAACAACCGGCGGCAGUCCGCGCCUGUGUCGCGGGCUCCUCGUCUUCAUCGUGUGCGUCGUCACCCACGAGGCCGCCGGCCAAGCAGGAGAGGGGGGUUCCAGAGGGAUGCGCCGCCCAGCUCCCGCAGGACGCCCUGCCACCACAGCAACAGCAACAGCAGCAGCAGCAACAACCGGAACAGCAGCAGCAGCAACCGCAGCCUAUCACGGCCACACCGCAGACCGCAGUGUACUACGCGAUGAAUGUCUGAGGGACAGAUCUGCCGAAAACUGGUGGCUGUUCCUCGCUACCUUGCAGACUCGUUGACCUCCUAUCCGUUUGUCACCACUUACUCCCCUCGCUUUAUUUAAUGUAUGGCAAAACUGUAGAAAAUGUGACAUGCACAGCAGAGAAAAAUAAGACUUAAAACAAACGUACUAAAAUAUUGCCAGUCUGUUAUAAAACUGUAGGAAACAACCAUUAUCGAGCAAUUAGUAUAUCACAGUUCUAACAGAGGACAAUGACCAGCAAAUGUAGUAACAUUCAGAGAGACCUUAACAAACUGGAUCUAAUUGCAGAGAAAUCUUUUCACCUCAGAGUUUGGUGGGUCUUGCGGGAUUCAGUCGACCUCUGCACCAAUAUCGUAUCUCUCACUCCUCAUUACGUAGCAGGUGGAGCUGUGCACUGAGGCUAGUGACAAUUCUGCAUUCACUCACAGGGAGGUCUGGAUUUAUGUGCCCUUCUCCUCCAGAUAUCGAAUUGCACGUAUGACACCACAAGUUCGUCCGUGUAAAGCUGGCUCGUAUUGCUAAUACUCACUUCAUUUCCUGCCAAAAAAAUUGUGUGUGUUUCCCUAAAAUCUUCAUUAGAAGUCUCAAAGAAACUGCUCUCUCCUCAACACCAUUUAGUUUCUGAGCUGUUCACACUCUGCAUCCAACCUGGACCUGUGCCUCAUAUGUAUUUGAUAAAUGCUGAACUGGCCGUCUGAACACUGAGUCGGCGUGACCUGUGGCCUCUCCAAACUUCCUAUACUCUCACAUUCCACAUUAUUUUCAAAGCUGCUUGUUGCAUCCUUGUUUUUAUUAUUACGCCCACGUAUGGCAAGCUGAGUGAAGGACCUGACUGCUCCUUGAAAUACAGUCCCAGCUGCUUUCAGACAUCACUUUAACCCCCCCCCCCCCCCCCCCUCUGCAUUUUAUUACUAUUCUGUGGCUGCUUCGCAUUUUCCCUUCCUCAUUCCUCUGUAAUGGAGCUCAGACCUCAGAUGAAACAACAAAAGUUAAAAUACACUGCCAGCUUUUUAUCCUUCAGGCUUUGUUUAUUUAAGGGAGUAGCCAACUGAUGACCUCAUUCGACCAAUCGAAACUCAGUCAACAACUCGAGCAGUGUGAGUCUUCAUACCCAAUUACCACUGCAAGUGAGAGAGUGUUGAAACUAGUGAUUUCUCAGAAUCAGUUUUUUAGUAGCCUGGGUCUCAACACCCAUUAUUGUAAAUCUGGACUCACAUGAAAACUGUACCAACUUCAUCCUACACUAAGCUAUGCUACUGCUCUCCAUCACUUUGUGAAACUGAGCAGGACAACAUAACCAAUGGCUCACACGACUUGUCAACUCCAGUGAUGAAUAUACGUAUCCUGAUAUUACCGGCCCUGCUAGAGACUAUUAAAUUUGCUUCGUACUGUAGUGCACAGAAAUGAUGGCCUAUUGUAAGACCAAGAAUCAAAUGCUCACCCUAGGGCAAGUCCCAGACAGCCUGGAAAUACAGUAUAGUUCAGAACUCACUACCACUAAUGCUGCUUCAGAAGAGGAAACAAUGUGGACCAGAAGAGAAAACCAUGUACAACUGGACAAAAUGAGGUGUUGGUCUGAUAGCGAUAUCUACACUGUACACCGGAAGGAAUUAGUGAAAUAAAUGAAAAUGUCGAAUCUAACAUUUUACAUCCCCAGAGAUUCCCGCCCCUGCGUCUUCCCCUGAAAAUAGAUACUGCACUUGAAAUGCUAUCCUUCGAGGUGCACCUUUUCUGUUAUGCCUUGUUUUAAUCACGGUGUAAUAUCUUUUCCUCUCUGAGUACAGUAUUGUCUAUUCUGCAACGUGUACAGGGAAGAAUGACAGGCAUCACGUUGAAAGUCCUGUAACAUAGGGCACUGAUAUUCUCAUACCUUCCCUUAUUAAUGGCAAUUGUUCUACAUCUACAUCUCACACACAGGCUGCCAUUAUUUUGGCUCCAGCUAAUUAUAGUGGUUGUUAGGAGCAGGAAUGUUCAUUUCAAACAGAGAAAGAGCUCAUUUGCAAAGCCACUUUGUGGUCUUAGGGCCUUCUCAAAAGUUAGCAAAUUAUUGCGUAACUGAUAUGUAAAUAGUUUCUGAGUUUGUUGAAUAGUAGUUAAUUAGAAAAAAAAAACAGGUUAAUUUCUUCAUUCAUACAGAAGUUAACUGAUGAGCACGUGGAAGAUCCAUGGCAAUCCUACCUUCACAGAUAUGAAAAUGAAAUAAAAUGAAAACUGUACAUAUUACCAGUGGUUUGUCAUGGACAGAGAUCAAAGAAAGAAAAGUGGUAUCGACAAACUCUGCAGAACAGCUGCCUAGCUAUGAUAAUUCACUGUCGUACUUCAAAAAUUAAGUGAAUGUCUUUGAUAUAUAGAUACAUAAGGCUUAGUGUAAGAAACAAAUGUAAAAACCCUAGAAUGUAUUAUUAUUUGUUGUUACAAUGUAGUAGUUUGCUUUGUGUGGUUCCUGUUGAUGAGAUAUUUAAGUGGAAGUUCUAGGUUACCCAGUUACAUAAAAACAAGAGGAUUUGAAAACAAAUUUAAGGAAGCAAUGCUUCCAUAUGUAUGAUAUAUGUACUAUAUAAAUGCUGUUUUAGAAUUAAUGUUGUGAUUAGUGAAAGUAACAACAAAUAAUAUAGUAGGUAUUAUUUGCCUUUCAAUCAUGCUGACUUUCAGAGAAACUUAAGUGUGAAGCAUAGUGCUGUGAUGAGUAGUUUGUUAUACGACAGUAUUGCGUGAGCGAUCAAAGGCAAGAGUGCAAAAAAAAAAAGUGAGGGGGAAGAUAUUUCCAUAUUAGCAUUACAAAAAACAAUGUACACAACGAAAAUGUGUAGCUUCCUUGUGUAGUUUAUGCUUAUUUAACUACUUGUAUGUUUUAACAGGAAUAUGGUAGCCACAGAGGUUUAUAUACUCAGUGAAAGCCUAACAUGAUGCUCUCAAUGUACUUAAAAAAAAAACUACUAGGUUAUCAAAAUGAUGCAGUUGGAUUAGGUGUUGUGUUAGUGAUAGACGAAUAGCCUUCCCUGUGUUUGAUCCGUUUGCCUCCAUAUGUUGGAGACAUAUCUGUAAUUUAUUGUAUUAUUAUUUUGUGUGUUAGAAGUGGACAGAUUGUAACCAGCCCAAAGAUUUGUACCAAGGUUGUUAUGAAGCGAAAAGAUAAUUUAAUGCAGUAGAACCCCUUACUGAUUGAAUCCAGUUUACGUCUGUUAAGUAUUAUUUAGAUAGACUAUGGUCUCCAUACUCUUUGCACAAGUGUUCGUAACUGCAGCAUCAGAUUGUAGUUGUACGGCUGUGUUGUCUUUGAAAUUGAAUCUGGUUUUUUCUUAAAAAAAAAUGGAACUGUGAUGGAUUUCUACGUAAGGCAUGAACUUUUUUUAAAUAGACAGGAUCCAAGCAAUUGGAGAUUUGUGCGAAAAUUGUCUUUCCAAGUAUUAUUAUUACUACAACUGAAAUAUUUUUAUAAAUAGCACAUAAUAAUGAAUGUUGAAUGGUACCAUAUUUGUUGUUGGUGAUGAAUGGUUGUUGGAUAAUGUGAAGGAUGGGCAGUAGUUGCUAAUCAUGGAAGUUAUAAAGGUGCCUUUUUUAUUUAUGUGAUUUGUAUGUAUCUGCCAAAGAUAUUGCAGUGAUAUUGUUUUGUGUUUCACUUUCUGUUUUGUAAUUGUGCUAUCAGAAAGGAAUUGAAAUCACCUGUUGCCCCAACAGGUUGUUUUUGUGCAGAGACUUUACAGCAGAGCUUAACUAUCUGAGGAAUGUAUGUACUUCAUGUGGCAUCUCCCAAAUUAUAAUACAAUUUAGGUGUCGGACAACUUUGUUGGUUUUCCUUGUCAAAGCAUUAUGCAAAGACGAAAAAUGUUAAAUUGGUUUUUGUGAUGAUGCGGACAAAAAUUCACCUGGUAUUUUUAGUUACGUUUUUUGUGAAACAUACAUAAAAUAAGUAAUAUACCCUUCCCUGUUUGGAGCACGAUUAACCUAUCAAAUUAUUUUGAAAGUGUUCACACUGUUAAGAAAAUUUCUCUGAUUUCAACAUAUAAAUUCUUGGGAAAAGUCUUGAUAGUUAAAAUAUUUAAGAUAACAGAAAACCAAACUGAAUAACAGAGUAUGAAGCUCCAGUAAAUACAUACAAUUUAAUGUUUCAUUUUAUGCAGGAAGCUGUUGUAUGAACUGAAAUGUAAUGCUCAGGUUAUGAAGUACUUUGAGAUUUAGAGUAUAAAUUGAAAAUUAAGUGCUUUCCUGAAACAUGAACGUUUGUAAAGAACUAUAAUAUGUCAACCAAGGUUAAUCUUCCUUUUGUAAGACUGUGAAACACAAUUGUAUUACCUUUUAUUUUGUCCUUUCUUUUAUUUAACAACUAUCACAACUGGUCAAGAAUGCUUGCUGUAAAAAUGUAGUCCAUCAUCAUAUCAGAAAUGUUCUGUGUUUGUCAGAAAAGAAGUUGAUUCAGAAAAUAAAUAUUGCCAUUCAGAUUCCAAAAUACUGGUGAAUGAAGCUACUUGUUUUAGGGCCAGGAAUUUUGUGCAUUACAUCUGUAAUUACCAUUGUUUAGUUAUUUUACCAAUUAAUUUUUCCCCGCAGAAUUCCAGAUGGAAGUGGCUGUUCUGGAUUUCACAUUUGAUGAAAUUCUGUUGUCGUAAUCUCUCUCACAGUCAUCCCUCGCCAACUCUUCAUGGUUUUGAACUGUACUAUAGGUCCAAGAAGGUAGUUGUGCAUUUUUGACAUUCCAUGAUUUCUUAAUUAUGUGCUUUGCCUCCUUUAUGUGAUGUUACCAAAGUUAAAUUAUACACAUCUUUGACAGAUUGUUUUAAUAUAUAUGUAUAUAGAUAAAAUAAUGUAUAUGUUGCACUGCAAUUGCCUAUGUAUUUGUAUAUUUACAUGUGUAAUAACAGUUAAAUCUGAGAAUUUUCUAAGAAUGUGGAGGAAUAUGCUGAUACAUUCCUUGCAAAGAUAACCUUGACUUAUAGAGAAAGAAGUUAGCUUUAAGUAUAUUUAUAUAUAAAUAUAUAAUAAACUGUACUUAAUACAUGUUGCUGUUACUUGUGAAACUGCAUUUCUUGCACACACACACACACACACACACACACACACACACACACACACACACACACACACACACACACACACACACACACACACGUACGUUUGAAUGGUCUGUGUGCUGGUGUUGCAGCACAUGAGGGAAACUCAGGAAGAUUUUUGAUUCAUUGUGGCUCUGCUGACAAUCAUAUAUGCUCACUAUUUUGAGAGGGAAACCGUCUACCCUUGUUUUCUCAUUGUCAUCACAAUUAUCAGUAGCCACACCAGGCUACACAUGUCAAUAUGUCAUUGUGUGUUUAAAGAAAAGUCAUUAAGUACUCACAACAUACAAAGUAUUGGUAAUUCACCUUUUAAAUUAUAAUUUUGAUGGGAUAUUUGCAGUUAAUGGACAGAAGGUAAUGCAUUUUUUUAAAAGUUAUAUCACACAUUAUUUAUAUCAUCAGAAUGUUUGAUGUCCAGUAACUUAGUAGAAUUAACUGAUUCUUUCCAACAAGCAGCUUGGUUUUUGUUACUAAUUUCAAAAAAUUGUUAGAAAAAAGUACCACCAGUCAACGGAAAACAUCUUUUAAGCUAUGCUGCCUACUAUCUGUGUAUAGUGUCCUCUCAAUCUUUCUAUACUUUGUUUCAUCAUACCCUGUUUCAAAAAAACUGUGAGCUACACGUUUUGUUACUGAGCUCACAAAAUGCCACAGUUAAACACAAUGAGAUCUGAAACACUUGUUGGUCACUUCUGAUAGUGAGCAUAUCUGAUCAUGGUUACAGUAUCACUCCAAAACAUUUGUCACUUCAAUAAUACAUGAAAUGGUAGAGCCACAUUUUGAAUUUAAUUAAAAUGUUGUUUUCUACAUUUUGUGUUUGGUAAUACCAGUUUUUUCAACUUGAGAAUGACUUACACAAGGAAUAUAAAAUAUUACCUUAUUAACAAAUUGCACAAAUUUUAACUAAUGUUAGUGUUCCCCCAUUUUUAUAUUGAUAUUAUACAAUACUGGAGGGGAACAAACUUUCAUAAAACAGUGUCCCUGGUCUUUGUAGUAGAAAUAGGCCUCAUAGUAGAAUGUGGUUUAAAAUUGAAUUUGAUGAAAAAUAAGAUACUCAGUCCUUCAGUAAACUGUUACUAGGCUCGUUUUUUUUUUCUGAAAUGAACUUAUUUUCAUAUUUUUAAAAAUGGAAACUCAAAAGAAACUAGUUUUAAAAUUGGAAGUAGUGUCGAAAAGCCUUUUUUUCCAAACUAAAUCUCAGUAUUUUAGACAAUGUUGAAUGUUUUCUGAUGUAAAUGUUAUUAACAGUGCCAAAUAUAUGAUGUACAGUGCUGAUUACAUAUAUAUGUAAAACAUAAGAUAUAAUAUAUUUAUGUGUAUAAGACUAUAACCAAAGCAAGUUUUCCUCCUUUGCCCAUUAAAAAACCAGGAAGUUUCCAGAUGCAAAUAACUGUCUCCAUGCAACAUUUUUCCCCCUCUUUUUUUUUUAUUAUUCCACCCCUCCCCACAUUAAUUUGUUUGAAAGCAGAUAGCUCAAACUGAAUCAAAUUUAUGCCAAAACAAUCUGAUUACCACAUUUCCAAAUUUUGUUCCUUUUUUGUGUUUCAAAUGUAUUAGUUCACAUUUGAGACACAAUUUAUCUGCAAGUACAAAUCAAAUCUGCAGUUAGGUAUGAGUACAAGAAACAGCUAUAGUUGAAUGAGGUAAAAAAAAAAAUAUUUGAUUCCUGAAUUUUUAACGAUCCACAUUAAUGGGAUAAUUUUGUUAUUUGAAGUGCUUAUGGAAACUUAUAUAUAGUUGUCAAAGGUUUUUUAAUAAGUACAGAAUUCCACCAUAGUAGAACAAAUGAAUAUAGUUUAAAAAUUUUCAGAAUGAAGAAACAUCCUGUUACUUGGUGGUAAGCAGAUAGGCCUAAAUAAAGUCAAGUGCUAAGAAAGUUACCACAGGUUCAGGACGUUUCAGUAGGAUUCUUGUCCUCGUGAGGAGUCCUCUGAACACAAUAUGUAUGUAAGUUGUUUUUGUUGUUAUUCCAAAAAUUACAAAUUAGUUACAGCUUAAGUGUGUUGUGUUAAUUUACUGGCAAUUUAGCUGAAUAGUCACAGAAUUAAUUUGAUUACAUGUUGCUGAUAUUUAACUGUAACAUGCAGAACGGAACUGGGGAAUAUUAUUGAUAAUGGUCAGUUGAUGCAACAAUGGAAAUAAUUAGUUCUGAGAAUAUACAAGGUGCAGAAAUUUCGUUUACUCAACUACAUUCAUUUGUUUAAAACAAAUGUGAUUGACUCUGAACAUACUAAACUGCAGUUAGUGGAAAAGUUAAUGAAGUGAAUCAAUGGGACACUGAAUAAACAAAUUUCUUACAUUUUGUGCUCCUUGAUGCCACUGCAUUCUAAAUGAUUUCUGUAUAGCAUUUUAGUACUUAGACAUACCACCCAUAAAACAUUUUAAGUGCACAAAAAAGUAUUUCAUAAAACAAUGUCCAGUCUGACUUGUGGUGAUGCAAGGAUAACUUCAAGGAUACAAGACAAAAAUUUAUAUGUGAAAGAGCUAUUUAAGUGUCACUAACAGCUAUAAAUUUCCUGCAAUGCUUCUGUAAAUCACUUUAUAUUUGUUAUGAGUAGAAACAUGUCACAGUCAGUUAACCUUAUUAAUCUCCAAAAUUAUUUAAAUUGUCACUAUAUGCACUCAAAUGUGUAUGUAGAUUUAUAUGUUCUUCAGUAGGUCAUAUAAGCAAUGCUUUAAUCUUGCAUUCUAUUACACAUUAUCUCAUGCCUCUACAUAACAAUAUGCAUUACUCCUUAUGAGAAUAUCAUGAUUCCCGAAGAACAUAAAUUUUCGUUCACAAACUUUCCUCUUUUAUUACAACUAGGCACAGAUAUUGUUAAUGACAAAAGUGCUUCAAAUAAAUAACACACACAGAAUUUUUAUAAUGGUUGGGAAAAGUGUCUUAAAUGUAGGUGUUGAUUGCCAUUUGUUUUUUCUUUUUGUAAGAUCAGAAUUGGAUGAAAGGCUGCAGUAACAUGUUUACUGUAAACAAAAUUGUGCCUAGUUGUAAACAGAAUUGAUCCAGUUUUUUUGGAGGUUAUUAUAAUAGUUUCUCAACAAUUUUCUUGACAAAUGUUGCUGCAGACAGUUUGUUUGCCUGGUUUUAAGUACUGCACAUUGUAGUUACGUAACACUACUGUCAGAAGACAAAUUAUUAUGUGCUAGUGUAUUUAGUAAGAUAAGUAAAAUUGUAUCAGGAUAGUAGCUUGCAAGUAUUACUAUACUUAGGAUGGAGAGGUUCUUUAUUAUAUGGAAAAUGUAUAUAAAAAAAAUUGAACCAUUAUGUUUGCAACAUAUGUCCUCAUGACAAAUGACAAUGAUAAUAAAGUUGUGUUAUGUGUUA